CGCUCUCUUGCUUUUUCCCUCACUCGUAUAUAAACUUGCGUUUCCCGGCGAAGUUGCGAGAAAAUUAAUAAAAUCUUCUCUCAAAGACCUCUUCUUUCCAUUCGAAUGAUUCUCACGUUUUCUCGGCAAAUUCCCCAGCUCCCGAAGCUCUGACUCGGCUUGCUUGCUUUCUUUGUUCUGAAUACUCUCGGCGUUCUGCUCGUGUCUGUCAAUUUUCUGGCUCGGUUUUCCGGUAAAUGGUAUCUGUGUGAUUGAGGGAACACAGAAGGAGAGUUUGAGCAGCAAAGUCCAUGGCGAUGGGUCCCGAGAGAUCUAAGCCUCUUCACAAUUUCACAUUGCCGUGUUUGAAGUGGGGAAAUCAGAGGUACCUCAGGUGCAUGAAAGUGACUUCAGACGGCGGCGCCGCCUCCUCUCCAUCGACCGGAGAUCGGCGAUCCCCAGGGUUGAGGUUCGAGAACUCGACGGUGACUCGGAAGAGGGAAUUGGAGGGCGAGAUGAAGCAGCAGUUUCCUCUGAGCGCCAGGGAUUCGGAGAAGAGGAUGAGGAUUUCGAAAUCAAUAAUAGAUGACGAUGGAGACGACGGGAUCGAGGCGGUGAGGGAGAAGAUAAUGUUUGAUCUGAAGACUGCGGCGGAUAAGAUGAAGGAUGCAAUUUUGAGGAAGGAGGCCGGUGAGGAGAACGACGUGGACGAAAAAGAACACGAGGAGCCUCCUGCUGCUUCUGCUCCGUCUUCUGCGACGGCGGCGGCGGCGGCGGAAGCGAGGCCGUGGAAUCUCAGGACCAGGAGAGCUGCGUGCAAGGCUCCGAUUGCCGGUGGGAGUGGAAAGUGUUUGAAGAUUGAGGAGAAGAAACUUAAUCACUCGCCGCCGAGGACUGACAACGCCAACGGCAUGAAGUUGCCGCCGAAAUCGAGAGCCUCUCCCGAUAAUCCAGAAAGGCCCAAAUUUUCACUGCCUCUCUUGAAAAGGGAGAUUGAGGAAGAUUACGUGGGGAUGGUCGGUCACCGGCCGCCGCGGAGGCCGAAGAAGAGGCCCAGAAACGUUCAGAAGGAUUUGGAUGUCCUUUUUCCUGGUUUGUGGUUAUCGGAGAUUACACUGGAUACAUAUAAAGUUCCUGAAGCUCCUGACAAUGGCAAGAGGUAGCAGUGAAUGAAUGAGAUUUAUUGGCAGCCAAAGUUGAGAACUUCAUGAAUGCUUCUCUGUUCGUGGAUCACUGGCAAUUUGUGACAACAGCUAAUUCAUGUGUAGGAUACAUCUCUCUGAAGAGGGAUUUUGGUGGGUCUUUUUAUUUUUCUUUUCUUUUGCUUUUUUCUUUUUCUUUUUUUUAUGUCCCCAGUAACAGCUGGUGUAAGCCUUGUUACUUCCAGUGCUGAUAUGUUUUCGUUGAAUAUAAUUCUUUCGUUGUGUCUAUAUGAAUAAUUCUCUACAGAGAAAUGACAUCAAUAAUAUCAUGGGACAGUGCGGUUUAGCUGAUUAUAACUUCUAGGAACCAGUUUUAAGAUCUAACUUUCUUGUCAUCUACAAAUUUUUGGUACUCGUCUAUUUUAUAUUAUGCCUGGUUUUGAAUGUCUUCACUGCUUUA